AUGGAUGAGGAUUGGGAUUUGUUUGCCAUUGUUAGAAGUUGUCAAUCAUCUACCAAUAAUACUACUAGCAAUAGUUCUAUGCCAUCUUCUUCCACUUCUGAUUUCAAGGUAGAAUUAGAAUAUGAUGCAUUUUCUUUUCCCAAUAUAGUGCAACCUAUAACCAAUGAGAUUCAAGAGCUAAACCAAUUAUUCACAUCUUUUAACCCCACCAACACCACCACUACUACCACUAGUGCUCAUGGUAUCAAUCCCUAUUCCCCUACUCAUAUGGCCAAAUGCAUUGGACAGCAACAAUACCAUCUUCACCCUAUUACUUCCCCUUCCAUUUGGCCUAACUUUGUUCAAGAAGCAUCCCCCUCUACCUUCAACAAAUUUAAUAACCAACAACUACAAACAAUGAAACAAGAAUUUCAAGUACCACAAAGCAUCCAACCUCAAAUACCUAGGUCAAGAAAAAGAAAAAGUCAACAAGGAAAAAUGGUGUGUCAUGUAACCGCAGAUAAUCUCUCAGCAGAUUUGUGGGCAUGGCGAAAAUAUGGACAAAAACCUAUUAAAGGUUCUCCAUAUCCAAGGAACUAUUAUAGAUGUAGCAGUUCCAAAGGUUGUACUGCGAGAAAGCAAGUUGAAAGGAGCAAUACUGAAGCAGACAUGUUUAUUGUGACAUACACAGGAGACCACAACCAUCCAAAACCUACCCACCGGAACUCGCUCGCCGGAAGUACACGAACCAAGUCGCCGACAAUUCAGCUAUCCUCUUCAACUUCCUGUCAACCUAACAACACGAAUUCUUCCUCCUCCUCGUUAGGAGCUUCGGUUGAAGAAGAAGAGGAUAUGGAAGUGGAAAUGGAAACUGACGAGGAAGGUGAAGAAGGUUGUGAAUUGUGA